GACGACAAAGACGUACGCAAAGCGAAGUCGGAGACAGCACUUUUCGGAGCACCGGUGUUCAAUUUAAUCGGACCACUGGUGAUUACAGCCAGUCAACGUACCGAACAGGAUAGUGCCGGUGGACACAGAAUUUAUGAAGAAAUUGAACUGCGUGCUGAUAAAAGCAUUGCAAAACCAGAAGUUGUCAGUUUUUAA